AUGACCGACUCACAAGGCACCAAACCGUCUCUACCCAAGUUUGAUCCAGAUAACUGUCAAACCUACGCGGCAAGUUGCCACUGCGGUAUUGUACAGUACUCCGUUCUUCUCUCCCCACCACUACCCCAGUGCAAGGUCGUAUCGUGCAACUGCAGCAUCUGCACUCGCAACGGCUACUUGCUAGUCGGUGAAGAUAUGCUAAGGGACUAUUCUUUUGGGUUGAAAAGAAAUUUACACAAGUUUUGCGCAAACUGUGGGAGCGCAGUUUGGUUUGACCCGAGAAUGUGGCGAUUUGAAAAGACUGGACCCGAUUUGUUGGGUAUGAAUGUUCGCAUGUUCCACGAUAUUGACAUGAGGGCAUUGGAUAUUACGCUGCCGUGA